CCGGUAUUUUGGGGGACGACAGACGCCCACGAGACGCCCACUUUUUACUCUUUAUCAUCAACUCGACAGGACCAUCCCUGCUCUACUCGCCAUUCCAAGAUUUUCUAAGACGACAGAGUAUCUUGUGCAUUUGUUGAAGUUUCUCAGCGACCGCUUCCAGAACGCACCCUCGAGCUUACUUGAAGUAUGAAACGCGGUACAUGAAAGUUCAUCCAAGAGUAAAUGAAUGAUGAUGUGUUGGCAUUGGAUUGUGCUCCGAGCUGAGGGGCGUGCAGUAGAUGAAGUUGGACUGGGGAGGCGCAAUUACCGCAAACAUGAUCGAAGGACCUUACCAACAACUUGGCGCUUUCUCACCAACGUUGAAAUCGAUCGCUCAGUACGGGAUUCUGUUUCUCUCCAUCAUAACUGGAUUCUCUUCACCUCCAAGGGCACUCAUUAACAGUAACUGUGACUCGAAAACUGGAUUUAACCUCAACUCUGUUGCUUCCUGAGGCUUUACGCCCACGACCAGCCAGGCUACCUCGUCAAUCAACCGCAUAUAUCUGUGUAGUUGGAGGUAAUGGUCUGUAAUGGUCGAAUAUCACAGGACAUGUGAUGUCACAGCCACGCGAUUGCCUCCAGUUGUUCGUGGAGGCAAAUCCUCGAGGGUGUCGUGCGCUUUUGACUUGUCGACUACGACGACCAUCGUCGCCUCAAUGCCUCAAAAAGUUGCGGACGCAGCUAAUAUCGCCCCGUAUCUUACUCAUGUUGUGACCCAUCAUGGGCAAUUGUCUCUGAUUCCACCUGACAAUGCUGGUCGGAUGCGCCAACAGAAGCAGAAACCCAGGAGUAUCAACCCGGACGAUGAUAUUCGAUUCAAUACCGGUCCCAAGUUUUACAAGGUUUUGCCAGCGUCUAGUCGAGGAAGCGAAGGACGAUCACAGUCUCGCCCGAACCGUCGUGAUAGAGGAAGGCCAACUGUUAGAGAUGUUAGAGAGAAUGACUCUGUCGAUGACGAAGACAUUCCAAAUUAUCCCCCACCUUCGUUUGAUGAGGCAAUAUCUAGCCCCCCCAUAUCCGUUUGUCCGAGUACUGUAACCUUCACAACUUCCAGCACUCGAUAUCACCCACCUUCAGCGAGUGCGUCAUCAGCUCCGACAUCGGAGCCUGCUUCGUCAGCCAUCACGGACGACUCUUCAGACCCUGAUUCUGAUAGUGAUGUUUACGUAGUCGCAUCUUCUCGUUCUAGUCCUUGUGAACCCUUCACGGACGAUUUUUCUGGGGAAGAUUGUCGAAGUCCAACACCGAGCCCAGUCUUAGUUGACGAAGAAGAUGACGAUCGCGAUUCUCGCACUGCGGUUACUCCCGUUGGUAACAAGCAACAGGGGAGAAGGAAGCUCUCGCUAUCACCACUACGUACUCUCUUUCCUUUAAAAUCCUCCAAUACGCCCCAGCGAGCUCUUUCGGCUCACCCAUACUCCCAGUCUCGCAAUCCUUCUCCCUUCUUCAGGAGUACUACCUCCCUUACGACUUUCGGUUCAGCGACACCUACAUCCGCUGGUAACAAGGGAAAGGAAAAAGAUAUCAAGGGAGAAGACUUUGACUCCGAGUGGGAGUUUGUAGGACGUCCGACCAGUCUCAUUCUGAAUCCGGAAUUGGCGAUGUCAGCUCCUUCGCCCACUCCCGCCCCCAUUACUCGGUCACCUCCAAAAACCCAGAUAUCUAGAACGCCAUUUCCUGGUGUCACUCCAGCUCCAGCUCCAGCCUCUACUCCUACUCUUGUAGACAAGAAAACUCCGUUCCUCAAGCCCAAGCCCAAGAAACCUAGGCGGCGAGACACCGCCCCAUCACCGCUGAGCUCAUCACCAAGUACUUCGACGAUAGCAGCCGAAGCGGGCCCAGUCGUGACGACGGUUCGCACUCGCCGAACGCAACUAUCGCCCGUUCCCCAGAAAGGCCCAAAGCCAGCGUCACCUUUACGAUCAGAAACUUGGAAUGACGUUUCGGAGACUGAAGUUGCUCAACAAGCUAUUCUCCAAAGAGCUACUAACACUCCUUUACCGAAUACUCCUACCGAGAAAGCAGUAGCCGAAACUUUUCAUGAUCAAGAUAUACCUCCCACCCCACCCCCUCCAGCUACUAGCGUGAAUCAUGCAUGUACUGAUGGCGCUGACAUCGUACCUCAUGGCAUAUCGGUGCCAGGGGAAACUCCCUUCAGUCGACAAGUAUCACGUCCGUUCUCCGAUUGUCGCUCAGGGAAUCCCAGUUUUGAGGUCCAGUCCAAGCAUCCCGGUGAACACAUACACGAGUUUACCAGUGCAGCUCGUCCUGUUGUGUAUCACAUCGAUACUCGGAAGCCCUCUUUGUCUUACAGACCCCCGUCUUCUCCGAUCUCUACAACGCCAUCGUCUGCUAGCACACAUACGAUAACACCCACACAUACACCUACACAGACCCAGUUCAGCCAUCACUACCCUGGCAGACCACUUCCAAGGCCGCCGCCUUCCUCCAAUCGUGCGAUCGUCGAUUCUACAUAUGCCGGAUCUAUAACCGAAGGGACUUGUUCAUCGCGAAACAAAUGCCCAGAAGGUUUGCUGAUCGAUUUUGGUGAACCUGUUCAUGAGCAUGGCUCACCCGUCGAUUCUGAGCCCACACCUGCCUUGUUGCUUCAGCGGACACACGAUAGCAACGGAGGUAGUCCAUCGUCCAAAGCCCCAGCGACGAUUAGUCGCCCACUCAACUCUAAUGACACCGUCCGCUAUCGUUUCGGUAGCUCUGACGAAUUCGCAAACAGAAACAGGACGGAGUCAUCGGCACGUGCUGCAAGUGUCACCGAACCGAACCCCAAUGGGGGCUAUUCUCACUUCACAGAUUUGGACCGUUUGGUUUCUAGGCUGGACGAGACUGAGCUGCGCAACGGAUCCAGUUAUGAGACAUUACUGACGUUAUCUGAGUUCAUGGGCCCAGCCUCCCCACCUUCGUUGACCCGCAAUCUCAAUACACAAACGGCCAAAAUAGCUCCCGUUCCUCUCUCGGAGUCUUCUGCCCCGUUGUUAGGUCGUAUCUCCGUUGAUCGGCGUCGGGUUACUAAAGAUGGCCGAGUUAGAGUCAAGUUAAUCCUGCUGGAGUGCGGAGUAGACAAGUGCGGGAUAUGUUUUAUACAAUUUAAAGAGGGUGAUCAUGCUGCUAUGAGUAGCAGUGUAUGCCGACACGCGUACCAUGAAGCCUGUUUGAGGAGGUGGCUCUCUGGAGACUCCAAGACCUGUCCGGGCUGUAGAAUCAAGAUUGGCGCCAUUCAGAGCUGUUGAUUUGGUUCCCAUUGUCAAUAUGACUCUUCUGGACUCGUUUGAAGCCCUUUUAGCUUGUCUCGUUGGUAUUCCGGUGUACCGUGUACGGACUGUGAAGGCUGUGCUUUUUACCCUUUCCGGCUUUUUCCCCUCCUUUUUUUCUCUACAGCGACGCUGGCUGCCGCAUUUCCUUUGUUUCUGGGCUUCAUUUCCACGUAGCAUCACUAGCGUUUUUCACUCUAGUAUACCUUUCGCAAGGGACCUAGCUUUCCGUCUUUACAUGGACGAUCGUACUUAGUGGUAUACAUAGAUCUAUAUCAGUAGCUGUCGAGAGCAAUCUGUGCUAAUUAUAUGUGACAUGUAUCACAGCAUCUCAAA